AUGUGGAGAAUAAGGAUUUGUUUGUUCGCAUGAUGAAAUUGAUUAGGGCGAGACCGGGGAGAGUUUCGAUGUUGUAUGUUCCGGGACAUGCUGGUGUAGAUGGCAAUGAGGCAGCCGAUAGGUUAGCGAAUGUGGGGGCGUUGAAAGAAGAGGUUUUUGAUGAUCACAGCUAUGAAGUGAAUGUAUACUUGUAA